UUGUCUGAAAAUGGGAAGGAGAGGGGGUGUGGUGGAGGCUUUCCUCUUGCCUGGGUUAUUAGGAUGGCUCUGUGUUGGAGUGGCGCAAGCUCAGCUUGAUGGAGGCUCUGAGGAGCAGCAGCAAUCCCACAACAGGCCCCUGGUCUACUGCCACAAGAGCAGCAUGAGGCUCAAGUUCUUAGAGAGGAAGUACAGCCAGAUCUCCCUGCUGGAGGGCAGGAUGGUGCCUCUCUCUGUCCACAGCCUCCCAGAACACUGUGGGCAUAAGGUGUGGACGGCCAGGGGUUGGCUGGUUCUGGAGGCUUCCUAUGGAGGGUGCUACAUCCAGUCCUUGAGUAAGAAUGGGGGGCAGCACUACUCCCUGACAGUGAGGUACUAUGACCAAGAACAGGGGAGAUGGGUGACUGGUACUGUGUCCUGCUUUGUGGCACUUGCUCCUACACCGGCAGCCCCCGGAGGCCUGACCAUCUCCUGUGGUGAGCUGUGCAUGACGGUGACCCUGCCUGCGGGCCCCCUGGAGGAGAUCAAGGUUCAGAAUAACUCUGGCAGCCUGGUGUCUGUGCUGGACACUCCAUCCUGUGGAACCUCUGUAACCGCAGGGCAGCACCUGAACACCCUGACCAUCCUGUACACUAGCUGCCAUGUCCUCCUUGUGGACCUGGAGUACACUGUGAAGGUGGUGUACAUUCCUAAUGAUGGCCCAAGAGGGGAAAUUGUGGUGUCCUGUCCUUAUCGCCCCUACAAACCCAAGAAGGGCUGCAAGCUUCCCAGGAGCUAUCAGGUGGCCUGUGGUCCAGGGAGAAUUUCUCCAGCCCACUGCCUGGCCAAGGGAUGCUGUGUGGACCCUGAAACAUCCUCUUGCUACUAUCCACUGGAGGAGUGCACUGCCGACAGGCACUUUGUCUUUGCUGUGCGUCGGGCCAUCUCGAUACCCCCUGUGGAUCCUGCCACCCUGGUGAUUGCUGGCAACACAUCCUGCACCCCUGUCAUCUGUACCCCAGAUAUUGCCAUCUUCAAAUUCCCUGUCACUGGCUGUGGGACCCAUGCUUUUGUGGUGGGGGAGACUACCAUCUACCUAGCUGAAGUGGAGUCCCUGGCUAGACGCAAUUUCCAGAGCUAUGGAGUAAUUACUAGGGACAGCCCCUUAAGACUGCUGGUGGAGUGUCGCUAUGCUGAGGGAAACCUGGCCAGCUCGGGCUACCUGGUGAAGAUUUCCAACCCGCCCUCUACUGUCCUGUCCCGGGGAGUAUUUGGGGUGCAGCUCCGGAUUGCAACAGACGAGAGCUACACCAGGUUCUACCCUCAGUACCACCGGCCCCUCCGGCUCCUGCUGGGGAACCCAGUCUACCUGGAGGUGCGACUGCUGAACGCUCCAGACCCCAACCUGGUGCUGCUGGUGCACUACUGCGUUGCCUACCCCCGCUCUGGCCAGGCUGUCUGGGUGCUGCUCUAUGAUGGCUGCCCCAACCCUCUGGACUACGGCCACACGUCCACCCUGCACAUCCACUCCAAGCUGCCUCUGCCCAAGCACCACCGCCGCUUCCACAUCCAGACCUUCCAGUUCCUGGACAGCACCUCCUACUCCUACGUCAAUGAGGAGAUCUACUUCAUGUGCUCCACAGAGCUGUGCCUACCCUCUGAGCGGCAGUGUAUGGAGGGCUGCUUUGAUGGCCGCAAGAUCCCAAUGCUGGAGAACCCAGAUCCUGACAACCACUGUGUCAAGAUGCCCUGUCCAGCAAAAGAUGUGAGCCCUAGAGACUGAGGGACAGUUGGGGGUGCUGUUGUAAAAAGCUACCCUAUCAAAACAAACUUUAUAGCCCUGCAAUAUGGCUGUUGUCUUCCUUGAUUGAUUGUACAGUUUUUCUAGAGUACACUGUAGGUCACAGGUUUCUUAUGAAAAUUCAUCUAUAAUGGAUGAGACUGAGCCUAUUAGCUUUCUGAAGCUCUUUCUCAAGCCCCUUCUCUCUACAGGCUGAGCCAGGGCCUGGCAGUAUCUCUGGGAGAAAGUCAAUCCUAAUAAAGAUGGUGCUCCACUUGC